AUGGAUGUCGAUAUUUUAAUGGAUAUCUCUGCAGAAAGCAAACAGGAACCGAUAAAAGAACAGCAUCAGCAGCAACAACAAACACAAGAAAUAUCUAGAGCAUGCUUAGAACUCGCAACCGGAUUUCAGCAUCUACGAGAGGCCAUCGACAAUUUACAAGAUAAUAGCUUCUUAGGCGGCGGCGGAGGGGGUGUGGGAUUUGGCGGUUUUCAAAAUGAUUAUGGGAAUAUUAUGAGUGACUUAGCGAAUUUUAUGCCAUUGAAGCCUGGAGGAGGGUUUGGUGCUUUUAUGGGUAAUCCACCACCGCCUCACCCGAAUUUCUCUCAUAAUCCGCCGCCGAAUUUUUAUCAAUUUCCUGAUAUUUGGGAUAGAAAAUCAGUAUAUCAACAGCAGCAGGAACUGCCACAAUUUAUCGAUUUCAUGAAGCAAGAAGAAUAUAAUGGAAACUUUCCUUUUAGUAAUAAUAGUAAUUAUUCUAGUAAUUUCAAUCUUAAUCAUAGUAGCAACAAUAGCGCAAAUAGGAAUUCUAAUCUUCAUUCACUCAGUCAUCAUCCAUAUCAACGCAAUCCCUCUUCAUCGCGCCAACACCAACAAUCUUCAUUGCAAUCAAACAAUAAUCUCAGUAACGGUAACAGCGACCGAAAAGGCAAGCAAAAAGUGACGUCUAGACGUAGGUCUUCCUAUAACGCACCUGCUAAUGCCUUUUCCGCAUACACUGAAAUCGCAUUCCAGCGUAACGACACUGGCGUCUGGUCUGAGAAACAAAGACGUAAACUGAACGAAGUUUUCAUUCGUUACUAUGAACGAAGAAAAGAAUUCGAGCCAAUCUCUUAUGGGAAAUUAGCCGACGAACUAUUGGAAUUGUGUAGCAAUGGCACGCCAAGUAUCACGCAUCUCGAUAAACAACUUGGACGGUAUUUGAUGGGAUAUUCGGUGUCAAAAGAUCCGGUGGUGUUAGAAGCGAUUCAGGCUUGGAUUGAAAAGGAAAUUCAGAUCCAUGGCGCAUUGUGA